GAUUACCUGUUAAUACAAGUCAGCAUGAUUAUGAUUUUGAUGACAAACGAGGAUUUGAUGAUGAACAGGAUUCUGAUUCUUUGAAUGAGGAUAGCCAAGAUCCAAAUAAUCCAUUAAUGACUUCUGAGGAUGGUGUUGCUUGUAUUUAUAAUGUAGCUAGUAUAGAUACUGAAAAAGCUCUUGAGAUUUUUGAUCUUAAAAAUAUUCAGUAUUCUUAUAAAGAUGGAACCACCUCACCUGAAUUAAUAGCGAUGACACAUACAUCAGUAGACUUUGACAACAAUCUUUUCAAAAAAAUAUUUGAGGCAAAUGAUUUGUCUUCAGAUACAAAUAUGUUAAAUAAUGAAGUAGCUCAAGGAUUAAUUCAAGAAAAAUCAGGAUGUCUUGUCAAAUUCUGGCAUUAUAUGCCUGAAGAUCUUGAAAAUUCCAUUCAAAAUAAUUUAAAAAGUAUAAUCACAGCAGAGGAUAUCUUAGAUUUAAUCGCAAGAAAAUUAAUUACCCAUAUGUAUUUUUAUUAUCAUUCAGAGCAGCUUCUGAUAGUAUUAUGA